AUGGCGGAAGGAGUAGAAAAUGCUUCUGUUGUUUGUUGUUUCAUGUCACCAGAAUAUCAGGAAUCAGACAAUUGCAAACUUGAAUUGAAGUAUGCUCAAACACGAAGAAAACGAAUUCUCCCAUGUAUAGUGACCAAACAAAAAGGAUGGAAGCCGUCUGAUUGGUUAGGAUUGAUAACAGCUGGACUAUUGUAUGUAAAUUUUAAAGAUGAUUCAGAAGAAACUAUACGAUUGAAAGCAAAGGAAUUAAUCAAUCGAAUAAAAGAACAAUCGUCGUCAUUGGAAUCAACUUCUGAAUUAACCUAUCUAACGGAAAUAAUUAAAUAUGAAUAUAUGCGAACACAAAAUACUCAUAUUGGAUUUAUUAUGGAUCCAAAUAAAUCUUAUCCAAUCAAACAAAAUUACAUUAAUUUAAAUAUUGUAAAAUCCAAAGAUCUACAUGAUAAAAAAAAGAAAAUUUAUGAAGCUCAGCUUAAUAACGCUGCUGUAACUAAUUUCGAAGAUAUCGAUGACAUAAAAGCUGAUAUAGAUAUCAAAGACAUUUUUGAAAUCUGUAAAAGCCAAGAGAAGCAGGUGUUGAUAACCGGACGAGCUGGAGUUGGUAAAUCAGCAUUUUGUCGAUAUGUUGCCUACCAAUGGGCCAUGGGUUCGUACUGGUUACAAUACAAACUACUUGUUUUUAUUCCAUUACGUCAUUUGACAGCAAAUCGCUAUCCACCCGACAAAAAUUAUUCUCUUUUAGAUCUCGUUAAAAAAGAACUUUUCAACGACAAUCUAUCAGAAUAUGAUACCAAACUUUUGAAAAAACAAUUCAAUGCUAAAACAACACUCUGGGUUUUGGAUGGAUAUGAUGAAAUUGUACAAAAUGUACCACCACAUUUGGGAUCCUUAUUCAAACAAUUACUCAUCACACCACACCAUAUUUUGACUUCCCGUUCAUGCAUGAAUACAUUAUUAUACAAUGUACAAAUGGAAAUUAUGGGUUUUACCGAUCAGAAUAUUGAAGAAUAUGUUGAGCAAUUUUUUCAUCAAAUAGACAAUGCAUCAAAUAAGAGUAAAACUUUAUUGAAUUUCUUAAAUAUAAAUCAAAGUAUUUCAAGCAUAGCACAUAUUCCAAUUAAUCUAGAAUUGAUUUGUAGUCUUUGGACUCAUGAAGAUUGGACAGAAACAAAAGAACUAACAAUAACAAAAUUAUAUACAAUGAUGACAAAAUCAUUAUGUGAACGAUACUUAAAGGGAUUAACUGAUCGAACCUUACAAAUAUUCACGAAUGAUGUUGAAGAACAUUGUCGUAAAGAAUUGACAUUCUUAGAAAAUUUAGCAUUUAACGCAAUGAAAAGUAACAGUAUUAUUUUACGACCAUCUUUACUAAGAGCUGCAUUGAAUGAAAUGAAAUUAUCUGGACAAGAAUAUCCAUAUAUUCUUAACAUGGGUGUUCUACAAAAUUUUGACAAACAAGAAAACAAUAAUCAAUUUGAAACAAACAAAGAUCAUUAUUUUGUUCAUCUCAGUUUUCAAGAAUACUUUGCAGCACGAUACUUAGUUAAUACUCUGAAUGGUUCAUCACGUCAGAAAACAAUCGAAUUUAUCAAAACCAAUAAGUAUAAUCAACGUUACACAUUACUUUUUGCGUUUGUAUCCGGCCUUCUUGCGCAAAGUAAUUCUCAUCCCUUCUUAAAUACAUUCUGGAAUAUCAUACUAGGAGAAUCGUUGGACAUAGUCGGUAUAAGACAUAUACAAUUAAUUAUUUCUUGUAUUGAGCAAUCUAGUCAUCGUUUACAUCUUUCUCUGCAUGCUCAGUUAUCUGAUUUCAUAACUAGAUGGAUAGAGUUCGCUGUGUUGACACAAUAUAACACUAUAUAUGAGCAACUCGUCAAUUCAUUAGAUUUGUAUCCCUCAUUAGGUCGUCUGCAACCGGUAAUUGAUGUUUUCAUCAAAUUACUUCGCAACAAAGACUCAGCUACAAAAAUCAAAGUCUGUCGUCUAAUUUCUAAGUUAUCAUUUGUAAAUUUAUCACAAACGUUGCUCCGUUCACUAGUUAGAGCGUUUCAAGAUAAAAACUCUGAUGUUAGACGAUUUGCAUGUAAAGCUCUCUGCAACAUAGGUAAACAAACAGCAACAAAUAACGUUAUUAGUGAACUGUUGAUUGCACUUGAAGAUAAGAAUGAGAAUGUUAGACGAUAUGCAUGUAUAACUUUUGAAAAAAUCGGUGAAAAAGUAGCAAUAAGUGAAGUAAUUAAUCGACUAGUGACUACACUUGAAGAUGACGAUGCGUAUGUUAGGAUGAGUGCAUGUCAAGCUCUUGGGCAGGUGAGCACAAAAGUAGAAAUGAAUGCAGUGAUCAGUCAUCUAGUGAAUACACUUAAGGAUGAGAAUGAGAAUGUUCGAAUGAGUGCAUGUCUCACUCUUCAGAAAAUAGGGGAACGAACAUCAAUGAAUGACCUGAUCAGUAAGCUAAUGAAUGCACUUAAACAUGAGAAUGAAUACGUCAGACAAUACACAUGUCAAGUUCUAUCAGGAAUAAAUGAAAAAGCAAUAACGAAAGAAGUCAUCAGCAAUCUACUUAUUGUACUUUACGAUAGAAUUGACGAUGUCAGAAAAAGUGCAUGUGAUGCUCUUGGAAAAAUAAGUGAAAGUACAGUAUCGACUGAAAUAAUAAAUCACUUAAUAGUUGUACUCGAAGAUGAGGAUGAAUAUGUGAGAAAGAGUGCAUGUGACGCUCUAGGAAAAAUAGGUGAACAGGCAGCAACGAGCGUAAUUAUCAAUAGGCUAUUGAUGGUACUUGACGAUGAGAAUGAAGAUGUCAGAAUCAGUGCAUGUAUAGCUCUUGCGAAGAUAGGUAAAAAAGCAGCAACAAAUGAAGUAAUUAGCAGGUUACUAACAGCACUUGAACAUGAGAAUGAGUAUGUCAGACAAUAUGCACGUGUAGUUCUUGGAAAGAUGGGUGAACUAGCAGCAACGAAUGAAGUGAUCAAUAAACUAGUGAUUGCACUUGAAGAUGAGGAUGAGUAUGUCAGAAUGAGUGCAUGUCAAACUCUUGGAAAAAUGGGUAGAAAAGUAGCCAAUAAUGAAGUGAUAGAUAAGCUAGUUGUAAUGCUCGAAGAUAAGAAUGAAAAUGUGAAACGAUCUGCAUGUAUCGCUCUUCGAGAAAUAGGUGAAACUACAGCAACGAAUGAAAUGAUUAAGAAUCUAGUAAUUGCACUUAAUAGUAAGGAUGAAAAUAUCAGAAUGAGUGCAUGUAUUGCUCUUGACGAAAUAGGUAGAAAAGACGCAACGAUUGAUAUAAAUAGCAAAUUGAUGGCUGCACUUAUACAUGAGAAUGAAUAUGUAACACAAUAUGCACAUUUAGCUCUCGGAAAAAUUGGUGAAAAAGCAGUAACAAACGAAGUAGUUAGCAAGUUAAUGAUUGCACUUGAACAUAAGAAUAAGUGUAUGAGACAAUACGCAUGCCAAGCUCUCGCAGGAAUUGGCGAAAGAGCAGCAACGAAUGAAAUGAUUAGCAAACUAGUGAGUGCACUUGACGAUGAUAAUCAUUAUGUCAGAAAAAGUGCAUGCCAUGCUCUAGGAAAAAUGGGUGAAAGUGUAGCAACGACGGAAAUCAUCAGUAAACUAGUAAUUGUACUUGACGAUAAGAAUGAAGAUGUCACAAUGAGUGCAUGUAUAGCUCUUGAAGAAAUAGGUGGAAAAGCAGCAACAAAUGAAGUAAUUAACACGCUACUGACUGCACUUGAGCAUGAGAAUGAAUAUAUUAGACGGUAUGCAUGUCGCGCUCUUGGAAAACUGAGUGAUAAAGCAGCAACAAAUGAAAUAACCAAGAAGUUGGUAACUAUAUUAGAAGAUGAAGAUGAGUAUGUUAGAAUAAGUGCAUGUCAAGCUCUUGGAAAGAUGAGUGAAAAAGUGACAACGAAUGAUAUUAUCAAGAUGCUAUUGAAUGCACUUGGAGAUGAGAAGGAAAAUGUCAGAAUGAAUGCAUGUCAAGUUCUCAAAAAUAUUGGAGAAAAAGCCGCAAUGAAUGAAGUGAUAAGUAAACUAGUGAUUGUACUUCAAGAUGAGAUAACAUAUGUAAGAAUAAGUGCAUGCCAAGCGCUUGGAGAAAUGGGUGUCAAAGCAGCAAUGAAUGAAGUCAUUAGUACGCUAGCGAUUGCUCUUGAAGAUGAGAAUAACUAUGUUAGACAUUAUGCAUAUGAAGCAUUGGGAAAAAUGGGUGAAAGAGCAGCAACUAAUGAAGUGAUUGAAAGAUUAUUAAGAUGUUUUAAUUAUGAAGACCAUGUUGAUAUACGUGCUAUGCAUUCAAUACUUGAAAAGUUUUUGUCUUUUUUCUCAAUGUUGAUACAAUUAGAUUCGAAUACAGUUGCUACACUUCAUACUUAUACAGAUCAAGUUGCUGAAUUUACCUGGAAAAUGAACUUGACUAAGACAAUCGUUGAAUCAUGGUUUAUUCCGUUGGAUAUUUUUAUGAUUAUCCCUAUUACCUUAGCCGUUAUACUUGGUAUGAUAUUUUUAAUUGUUAUAUCAAUUGAUAAAACAUGUCAUACAGUACCAAUGAUGUUCACUGCUAAUAGAUUAUUAAGUGCAUUUGUACUUGGAUGUGUUUUACUUAGUUUAUGUGUAUUUACACUUAUAAAUGAUCUUCGACAAGUUCAAUAUCAAGAUUCACUUUGUGUUUUUCGAGGUUAUAUGGUUUAUGCUGUGGGUGCUGCACAAAAUUAUUCGAAUGCAGUAGAAGCUUUUUAUCGAUAUAUUCUUGUAGUUUAUCCUAGUCGAUUAUACUUUCGAUCAAUUCGAUUUCAAGCAAUAAUCAUUUGUAUAUCAUGGAUAAUUAGUUUUAUAUAUGCUUUGGCAUUUUUAUUUAAUAAUGAAAUUAUCUACAAUGUCGAUAAUCAAAUAUGUCAAUUACCUCUUCGACUUUCUUUCUCAAUACUUUAUAUGUCAUUUUUUACCUAUGGAAUUCCUAUCUUGUUAAUUGUAUUCUAUUAUUUUAAGUUGGUUCGAUAUGUGAAAGAAAUACGUAGACAUACAAUACCUGCAAACACUUUACUUCGUGCACAAAGAGAAUUAAAAAUGGUUGAACGCAUUGUCAUACGUAUCAUAGUCAUGAUCCUAACAUUUCUCCCACUUACAUUGUUUACGUUUAUGUCAUUUUUCAAUUGUGCACCCAAAUAUCACUUUCGUAUAGCUUAUAUACCUAUGUACAUUGCAAUGUUUCCGCUUUUGCUUCUUUUAUUUCUAGUUACGGCUCCGCUUAAAAUAUCUGUCAUGAAAAGGAUAAAAUGCCGAUCAAAUAUGGUAGUAUCAACAGUAGCAUAA